AUGCCUAUGCUACAGGUGUUAUCACAACCCAAGAGCGCACGCGACGCGGUGGUGGCAUGGUCCAUGCUAGAGCACCUCUCGGAGGGGGUGCACUAUACGUCAGAGUCCGAUUCGCUCAUACCCCCGGUUCUUCUGCGGAAUACAGUGCGCGAACAAAUUGUUCAGGUGGUGCAGGAGAAGGCGCUAUCCGACGCCGUGCUGCAGUCGCUCGCCAAAGGCAUUCCCCACGGCUACGAGCUCCUACCAGCCAUCUCGACGCCGCUGCUGCACCUGUCGUAUCACGAUAAAGCGAGCGUGAGAAAAAAGAGCCUGCAAGCGAUGUACUAUGGUAUGCUGAGUGAGUGGGACGCGAUGCACGCGGUCGAAGACGAAAGCCGCCCCGACUGCGAACUAGCACCGGUCCUCCUGGAGCGUGUCCACGAGAUGCUCGAUACGUCCCGCCGCCGCCGUGCUCCCGAGACAGAUGCAGGCGUGCUGCGCACCAUUGUUCGCAUCUUGCGGUGGGUUUCCGAGCGCCAGCCGGCGCUCCUGGGCCGGUCACGAAUGACGGAGCUGCUUCAGCCCCUGUGCCGCGCCGACGCGCCCUAUCUGCGCCUCGCUGCCAUCGAAGCGUGCCGAUCAGUGAUUCGCGAUCUAGACAAAGACGAUCUGGAACCGCUUGAGGCGACUCUUGUCGAUGUCUAUGCCCGGCAUGGUCUCACGUCCUCGACGCUAGCCUAUGCGACCGGACUCGAAUGUGCGCGAACACUGGGCCAACUAUGGCUACGCAUUCCCCCGCGCGAUACCCCAGAGCGUGCCCCCCAAGAAUCCGCCAUCCUCGCAUUCGUACGUGCACAACUUCCCCAGCCCAACAGCAACAUUCGGCACUAUACCCUCUCGGUCCUGCAGGCGUGGAUCCCUCUAGAUUGGAUGCAUGCUCCCUCGGCCGGUUCCACCUUUUCUACAUUUGGUCUUACCGAGCGCGAAACACAAAUACUCUUUUCCUACGCGCGCGACGCGGACCCCCUGCUCCCCACAGGCCUUGCGGCGCUGUGUGCGGCUGCGAUGGCGCCACGCGAUUCGCCGCCUGACGCCACGCCUCCACGCGCGGAAAGUAGCGCGGGUGGAGAGUAG